AUGAGACACGUGGAAAGAAUAAAACGGUCGCUAUGCGGCAAGGAAGACGAAGAUGACGCCAUCUGGGCCUGGCCCUUCUUACUAUGGUCCCAUGUGCGGAUGCUGCACCGCCGCGGCCAGAGCCGCGAGCAGCGGCUGCUGGCCAUCCAGCAGGCGGCGGCGGCAGCCAGUAGGGGCCACCACCUGUCCAGGGACAUGAAGACGCUGCUGGGCACGCUGUCUCCGGCAGAACGCAAGCUGGUCGCCAUCAAGCACAACCUACAGGUGACCCCCGGCCAAGCUGUGCCUUUCCGCCGCAUGAGGUCGCAGUCGGUGGUCUUCCAGCCGGACCCCGCCCGGAGGAGCCCCCUGGUGGUGAGGGCACGCUCCCUCUCCGUCAGCGACGCCCCGGAACGGCCGCAGCUGCACCGGACUCACGCUGCGGCGGCCCCGGCCACCAGACUCACCGACCACGAGGAGGACGACAGGUUCCGGACCUACACCCGGCAGGUGUACAUGCUGUUCGCCACCCUCGCCGCCAUAGUGGCCGCAGCAGCGUACUACACCUUCUUCAGGAUACACCAGACCUGACCGCCCGAGGCAUGACGGACGGCCAGAAGGCCCUCUCCCGCUGGGAAACUCGAGGGCUGCGACACAAUGAUUGUUCGCUGGAGACGAACCAAAUCGUCGGAGGCGUCCUUUCGAUUGCUGGGUUCGAGGGUGUCCGACUAUCCACGAGACCCAGCGAAGGUUACGCAUCUAAGGCCGGCAAGAGGGAGACUUGACGCCCUCACCCGCAGACACCCCCGGGCACGUCGGUUUCCAAAGCCACAAUUGGGAAGUGAAGGAAUUUCACUGACCACAUGGCUGUGCGGGUGACCUACAACAAAGGGUGCAGCAAAACAGCAGAAACCGAGGUUUCCGGAAAAGCGGUGGUCAAACGUUUUUGCGACCUCGAUCCACCGAGAGAACGACAGAAUCGGUCCAGUUCUUCGGCAUUAGUCAGCCGAAACUAGACCCCUAGCAGGAACGACGUAGCCAGGGACGGCACGGGGCUUACGAGGCUGCAGACCGCUUAAGAAUGCAGCAAUACACUCCCCGCCCCAACACAAUAUUGAAACCCCCAACUACUGCACUGCAUGGCAGUGGAAGGAGGUAACGAGAUUUGCCCAGCAUUCGUUGUCUCUCCAAGGAAGGCGACAAGUUAACGAACCAAGCUGGGUGCACUUCAUCUAACGGGUGAAACCGCUAAAAUAUGAUUAUUAGUCAACCCGUCGAAGACCCCGUACGUAAGGGAGUCGGGAAGGAUGUACAGGAUUUUUACAUGUUGAUCUGUGUCGUCCUUUCGCUGUUUGUCUUUGAAGGACAGGGACGCCCACUCUCACUUUUGUUGUUUGUAUAUCUUAGAGCAAAACCAGAUCUCCUCCCACCCCCUGGUAACAGGGGUCCCCGGUGUGCGGUCACACAGCACGUUGUGCCUCGAGGAAACUUGCGCCGCGCAAAAGCCUACCUCUACUGCAAACACAAUUCGAUGUAUCGCGCAAGCAUAGCCAGACUCCAUCCUCAAGUGGUCAUGAGCAACGGCUCUGAUGCAGGUUCCGAGGGCAGUGACGGAAGCAGAAAUGCUUCACAAAGUUUCAAGGUUAGUGAAGACGCGACACGACCAUUGGUCCCACGAGCACGAAAAGGCCUAGACAAGCGAGCUGAUGCCAUCUGCAAUGUCAUUCUUCCACAACGCUCGAUAUGAACUCUGUUAUGAGAACGCCACUCUCAGUGAUUUUUCUCGUAGCAAGGGAGUAAGGAAGAAAUGAGCACUCCCGCAUUAAUCUACAGUACAGUCACUGCAAUGGCUGCGACACGUCACAUUGGUUCAAUUUACUUCUUUGUCUGCAACAAACGGUGAGACGCUUUGGCGUCGCUGCCGUGCACCUUUUAACGUCUCGCAAGAAGCGCAACGCAAAAAUGCGGCAACGUCAAGACGAGCACGACCGCCGCUUCGCGCCAUACUCUUGUCGUGUUUUGGCGCGUUUGCCGCUUGGGGCCCUGCUCGGGGAUUUGCUGCCAACGACGUAGUGCGCAGGCCCUUCUUUUAGGUGGUUUUAUAUGGAUGGACACGGCCAAACCAUUUUAGUCGGGCAGCGGCUUGCGUCACCCAGCCGAACCUUUUAAUUUCAACAAUUAACUUCGAUUAAAUUUUAAUUAAGAAUGAUUGUAAAAGGUUUUAUCGCGACGUCACGGAAACUGUGGCCAUCUAGCGGGCGCUACUCGAGACUCGCGUUUGUUCCACAAAAACCAUAUAAUAACACGGUAGUGCGCACACUUUGCGCGCUGCGGACCCAGGUUCGACUUCCGAAAGCGGUGGGCGACCUUUUCCUUAAAGGGGCACUGACACAUCAAAAUCAUAAUUUUUUUUAUUAUCCGAAACGAUUGAAAACGAUGCCGGGACAUUACCCUCAAAAUUUGAAAUUUGGGAAUUCAGUAUUCGUGAAGUAAAAAAACAAUUUCCAAAUGCCAAAUUCGAAGUUCCCGCGCGAUCGGCGCCGGUGCCUUGACACCAAAAAUCGCGAAGACCUGAGAGUCGACUUCCUUUCACCACUCCCUGCUGUUGCCAUGGCGACCCAAAGCGAGGAGGAAAGGAGCGGGCGGCGGCGUUCCGGCGGACCGGUUUUGAGCGGUGUCGCCUGUUUUCCGUUGGAGGAUACAAAUCCAGGAGACGGCACCACAACGAACUCCCGAUUUUUGGUAUUUCAAAAAGAAGGGCCGUACUGCAUUCGCAAUUGCGUUAAAAAACAUGUUUUAGGAUUGCCGUAAUUAAAUGUUAUAGAGAUGUCGCCUACAAAGCUUCUAAAUUUUAUGAUUCUUGACGUCACCGAUCAAAAGAAGCGAGGAGGCGAGAGGCGGGAAAAUCAAACGCCAAAA